CUGUGUGUCUGUCUAAUGGCACAGUAAACAUGGUGAUCACUUGGCUUCUGGAAUCGUCUCUCCUGCUAUGUCUUCCUAUACUUCUCCAAUCAGCUAAAAUCCUGACUGUCACGCUUAUCGGGGGAAGCCACUACCUGUUAUUAGAUGAAAUCUCUCAUAACCUCCACCAGCAAGGUCACCAGGUCCGCAUGCUCUUACAGCUGGGCACCCCUCUCAUAACAGGCUUUUCCUAUGAAGGUCGUAAUGACAGUUACCAAACCACCACCUGGUCUUUGGGAGAUAGAUACAUACAAGCGUAUAACGGCUGGUUCCUGGAGCAACAGACCCAGUUUCUACUGGGCAGCGAUAGCUUUGGUGAUUUCCUCAAGUUCAUGGACCACCUGUCCUACCAGUGCGCUCAGCUCCUGGCCGACGAGGACCUGCUGGCCGUCCUCCGGGCGCAGCGCUACGACAUGGCCGUCAUCGACGCCUUCAACCCCUGCUCCUUCAUCCUUGCACGCAAACUCGGGGUCCGUCAUGUGGCCUUCUAUCCAGGGGGUCUGAACGGGCCCCUGUCCCUCUCCCUGCCCAGCCCUGUCUCCUACGUGCCGCUCUUCGGCUCCCAGCUCUCCCACCAAAUGAGUUUCUGGGAGCGAGCAAAGAACCUGCUCUUUUAUCUGGUGGCUCCCAUAGGUCAGGAGGUGAUUUGGUCCAGGUUUAAGGAGGUAGCAGAACGACACCUGGACUCAGGCUCGCCCCCUGGUGGUUUGGAGGAGCUGUACCAGAAGGCCGAGCUCUGGGCCUUUAACACAGACUUUUCACUGGAGUUCCCCCAGCCCCUGCUGCCCAACACCGUGCUAGUAGGAGGGCUGCUCAAUAAGCCUGCCAAACCCCUGGAUCAGGAGCUGGAGGCGUGGGUGUCUGGAUGUGGCGAGGCGGGCUUCGUGGUGGUGACCCUGGGCUCCAUGGUGUCCUCGGUGUCUGUGGAGCGUCUGCUGGUGGAGUUGACCGCCGGCUUCUCAAGCCUCCAGCAGGGGGUUCUCUGGAGGUAUGACGUUCAGCGAUGGCCGUCCCACCAGGAAACGCCUCCCAACGUCCGGCUGGUGGCCUGGUUGCCGCUGAAUGACUUGCUAGGUCACCCUAAAGCGCGCCUCUUCGUCACCCAUGGCGGUCAGAACAGCCUCCUGCAGGCGGUGUACCACGGCGUCCCCGUGCUGGCCAUCCCUCUGUUUGGGGACCAGUUUGACAACGUGGUGAGGGCGGAGGCCAGGGGGCUGGGCCUCAGCCUGAGACCCGCCCACGUCACCAGGGAACGGGUGGGGGCCGCCGUCCAAACCCUCACACAGCACCACAGGUUUAAAACAUCCGCCAUGCUCCUCAGGAGGAUCCACCAAUCACAGCCUGUGCCUCCAGCCCUGAGACUCACACGGUGGGUGGAGCAUAUCCUACACAGUGGUGGAGGGGCUCACCUGCAGCCAAUGUCAUACAUCCAGCCGUGGUACCAGAGAUGGCUUCUGGACUUACUGCUGCUUUUCUCCCUGGUGCUGCUGGGACCUGUAGUUCUCUGCUGGGCAAUGGUUAGGAUAGGGCGAGCCAGGGAGAUACACAGAAAAACUCAAUAACAUUACAUACGAUUUUAACUAUUGUGUACCUCUCCUGUGUGUUUUGUUUCCAAUUCAUGAUACACUGUUGGAUAUUAUGAGUUAAUAUUAUGUAUCAAAUCGGAAUUACUAUAUAUAAAUACAAGUGGAUUUGAAGUGAAUAGUAAGGACAUUUGUAUUGUUUUUUUCCAAUCAAGUAAAUCCUACUUUUUAAUGAUUUCCUUGAAUAUUAGAAUACUUUAAGGUUUUCUCAAUGAAGAGGGGUCUAUUUUUUGUCCGCUCUCUAUUUUUUUAUAAACUGUCAUGUUAGAUUACGAAACCGUUGCGGUGAUGAUAACACGUCAGUGUUCUGACCUUGGCUGGGACCCACGCACACACACACACACACACACACACACACACACACACACACACACACACACACACACACACACACACACACACACACACACACACACA